AUUGCGUUUGCAAGUCUCAACCCCAGGUGAGGUCUGUGUGUAUUUAUAAAAAAAAAAAAGAAGUAAUCACAUUUUGAGCUGAUAUUUUUUUUUAUAAAUGGGGGGUUAAGUUUCCACAAAUGGAAGUUUGGAUCCGUUGUUGUUGACCAGAUCUGACUACCUAUUUCAUUUCCACCGCCUUUUAGCUCAUCCAUACAUUCACAUCUCCUGAAUUGGCACCCACUUUCGGCCUUUACUUGAGUGUCUGAGCAUGGAAAUUGGGUUGUUAAAACCCACCAUUCACAUUCCUGAAUCAUUCUUACUAAGAAAAGAAAGUCAUAAGUCGACUGAGAAAUGACAGGUCGGUUGGUGUUAGAGGGGUUGGCAGGUAACUUGUUGUACUGCCCAGGUAAGAGUUUUGAUGGAGGAGAUGUCACCGGCGGUCGCGGUGCCAUUUAGAGUAGGUAACUCAGUCUGUGAUAACCCAGCUAUAGCUACCCACAUGAAUAUUACCAGUCUUAAGCUAAUGACAGACGCUGCCGGGAUGCUAUCUGAUUCUGUCACCAGGAGUUCCACUGAGGCUGGCCAAGAGGAUUGUGAUUGUAGUCAUUCUGGGAAUGAAGCUAGUGUUGUUGCAGUAUCAGUUGCAGAAGAGGAAGAGGGAGGAGGAGAUCAAUCGAUAGAUAUGACAACUCAAGACGAGAGCGAUCGGGUUGCUCCUGGUAAUGUGAUGGCUGGGGAAAGUGAGGAAGAUGAUUGCUUAUCAUUGGAAGGUGAUCAGGUACAUGAUAACUGUUGUUCCCUCUCAGUGGCGAGUGAGUCAAGUAGCUUAUGUUUAGAGGACUUCCUGGUGUAUGAGACCACCUCUGAAGGAGUAACAGUGAGUUCUAUAGACAUUGACAGAAACGGUUGUUUUGGUGAUGUUGCUAAGGUGCCCGAUGUAGGUAAUUCGAAAAUUGAGACAGAGAUCACUAGUGAUCCACUUUCUUUGUCGGUGAGCCUUGAGGAAGAAACUGGUCAUGGGUCUGACCCAAAGCCAACCGAUGUUGUUGUUCAAUUGCCUGUGGAAGUAGGGGUCAAAGAAACAGUCAGCCGCAGUGUUUUUGAGGUAGAAUAUGUUCCACUUUGGGGGUUUACAUCCUUGUGUGGGAGAAGACCAGAGAUGGAAGAUGCAUUUGCAACUGUACCUCAGCUUUUAAAGAUUCCAAUUCAAAUGCUGAUCGGGGACCGGGUACUGGAUGGCUUGAGCAAGUGUAUAAAUCAGACUGUUCAUUUCUUUGGAGUCUACGAUGGUCAUGGAGGCUGUCAGGUGGCAAAUUAUUGUCGUGAUCGUAUGCAUUUGGCUCUGGCUGAGGAGAUAGAAGUUGUCAAGGAGGGCCUAGUUCACACAAGCAUCAAAGAUAAUUGCCAAGAACAAUGGAAUAAGGCAUUUACCAACUGUUUUCUUAAGGUUGAUGCUGAAGUUGGAGGGAAGGAUAGUCUUGAUCCUGUUGCCCCGGAAACAGUUGGUUCCACUGCUGUUGUUGCCCUUAUUUGUUCAUCUCAUAUCAUAGUGGCAAACUCUGGCGAUUCAAGAGCAGUUCUGUGUCGUGGGAAAGAACCCAUGGCAUUGUCAGUGGAUCAUAAACCAAAUCGAGAAGAUGAAUAUGCAAGAAUUGAGGCAGCUGGAGGCAAGGUCAUACAAUGGAAUGGCCAUCGCGUGUUUGGUGUUCUUGCUAUGUCAAGGUCAAUAGGCGAUAGAUAUUUAAAACCAUGGAUCAUCCCAGAACCAGAAGUGAUGUUUAUUCCUCGAACCAAAGAUGACGAAUGCCUCAUUUUAGCCAGUGAUGGUUUAUGGGAUGUUAUGACGAAUGAAGAAGCGUGUGACCUUGCCCGGAGACGAAUAUUGUUAUGGCACAAGAAGAAUGGUGUUACACUUCCAUUGGAAAGAGGUGAGGGAAUCGAUCCUGCUGCUCAAGCAGCAGCGGAGUUCCUUUCCAGCCGUGCCCUUCAAAAAGGAAGUAAGGACAACAUCACGGUGAUUGUGAUAGAUUUGAAGGCUCAGAGGAAGUUUAAAAGUAAAACAUGAUGGUUACUUCAUCCCCCGUUCUGUAUCAAUCACCGGUAGCUGUAUCAUAUCUGAUAUAUUGUUGCCCCUUUGUUUUUCACCUGGGCUUCAUUGCUUAUUGAGAACUGCAGUCUGUAUGUAUCACAUAGAACAUCUGCGAUUUUAGAAUUUUGGUUUAAAACUGUUUGAUAUAAACUGUGUCCAGCCAGUUCUGUCUUUGUAAAUCUUAGCUGCUUGUAGUAGGGAUAGAACAUGGUGGCAGUAUUAUGCUUUUAACAGUCUGGGCAAAUUGUAUUCAUUAUUGCCUCCGAGUUUAAUUAGCUCAGUGAGGUAGAUACUUCCUUAUUGC